UGGGUUGCUGCAAAUUUGCAAAGAGAUCAAGAUGGAGGAGGUAGAUGGUAUCAUUAUUUCAACUCUUAAAGAAGUAGGAUGUGAUUUUGAGGAUGAGAUAGCCAGUCUAACCCAGUUCACUCCAGAGAUGGUGGUUGAGGCCAGUGUUCGUUGUCUUCAGAUUAUCAUUCCAGAGUUUCAAAGCCCCACCCACCUCCCUGACGCAAUGUCUGCCCGCUUUAGAAUGUGCACUGGACUAGCUAAUGCCUGCCAGGAGCUAGGUUUCCAAGCCGAAGUUGGUUAUCAAACAUUCCUCUAUUCGUCAGUCAAAGACUGGAGGAAACUCCUCAUGUUCCUUUUAGAGAAACUGCCAAAGGAAGCGGCUCAAACUGCAGAUGAACCCACUGGAGCUGGUAUACUCCUGACUAGGAGCAUUGGGGCUGAGAUUGGAGCAUCAUUACGAACACCAUGGACCCCGUCCUAUUGUAAGAGAGAGUCAGUUAGGUGGACCACACCCACCAACUGGAGAAUUGAGGGGUCAUCGGGGCUUCAUGCUUUCACUGCAUCUGAUGUACAGGCACCAACUGGUACUGGAGAUUUACAGAAGAAAAUACCCAAAGAAGUGAAGCUCUAUUAUGCUCAGGAGAUGCCCUAUGUUGUUGCCCAGCCAGUCCUGACUAGAGAUGUCCUCUCAUCACUGCUGGCUAAGAAUGACAGUGAGGUAGCUGCUCAACAGGAAUGGGAGGCUGAGUGGAAUCAGGCUGGACUGGCCUCUCGCCUCUCGGAAAAUGAGUACAAAGCUAAGAAGAAGCAGAAACUAAUGAAGAAACUCUCAGAGCAACUGAGAGCUCACAAUAAAGCCGAGACCAGCUCUGGGGCACUUGGUUUGGGGGCUGAUCUCAACCAAAUUUUGUCCUCAUUUUUUGAGCGGUCUGGGACAGGUCAUGGCAAGGGUUCCAGGUUUCAACAUGCAGAGAAGCUACAGUUUGCUAAAGAAGAAGAUGCUCCUGUAGCAGUUGAGGCCACUUCUGAAGAAGACCUACAGCAGCAAAGAGAACAAGAACUCGCUACGUUACGUGAGCAGCUCAACGACUGGGCCUCUCAAUAUGAGAAACUGGAACUGGACAUCAAGAAAUACACAGCUGGCAUUGAGAGGAUGAGAGAAGAGAAGGAGCAGCAAGAGCUCCAGAACAAAGAGAAUGAAGAUGCUUACAGAAUAAAGAAAGGAACUUAUGACCUCCUCCCUCAAGCAGACGAGAAUAUUGAGAAACUAAAGGGUCUAGUCCAGACCAGUUCUGAUAGGAUUGCUAAAUUGGCCAAGAAGUGGGAGGAGAUUCGUGGCCCAAUGAUGAAAGAAUUGAGGGAAUUGAAAUCACAAUCUGACAUCACUGAAAUUCAAAUACAGGAGCUGUUGCAGGAGAUCCAAAUACUUCGUGAAGGAAUGAAAGAAGUUGCUGAUGAAACACGACUCAAAGAUGAACUUUAUAAGCAGCUGGUUGGUGAGUAUGAGAGGAUGACUAAGGACACCAGCAGGUCGGCAUACACCAGAAGAAUAAUGGAGAUUGUAGCAAACAUAAAGAAACAGAAAGAAGAGAUUAAUAAAAUACUUACUGACACUAAGUAUGUACAGAAAGAAAUCAACCAAUUGUCUGGUAAACUUGAUCGUGUGUUUCAAGUAACUGAUGAACAAGUUUUUAAGGAUGCACGCAAGGAUGAAGCUAGACGCUCGGCCUAUAAGCUAUUAGCUAGCAUUAGAGACAAUAGCAAGCAGGUUGUUGAAGCUAUUCACGAGGCAGGACAGGUUAAAAGAGAGCAGCGUGAUCUGGAGGAACAGAUUGAUCGUGAGACCAGCAAGAAAGUGACUAGUAAUUUAGAGAAGAUUAAUUCUGACUAUCAGCAAAUGAAGAAGGAGAAUGCACAGCUUGUAGCUCAACUGAAAUCAUAAUAAUAAUAAAUAAAAUUAUUAAUAACUAAAUGAAACUCUACUGCUAUUAUUAUAUUAGAUGUAGGUAAAUGUUAAUUUAUGUUAAAUAAUAU